GACCGCAGUUGCAUCACGCUGGGAAUAAAAGCUCCAUCAUCCUCCCUGCGAUCCGAGCAUCGUUUGGGUGGCGCUAGGGCAUCCACCCAACCCUUCGACACUCAUGACUACCGACUAGGGUCGCUCAUUAACGGACAUACGGAGGGAUAUCAGGAUAGUGUUAUGGCGAAGCACCGUAAAGAAAGAGACAGCUGGGGGUCCCUCAGUGACAAAAAUGUCUACGACUGGAGCUCAGAGGAGGAGGAGCCGGAUGGGCGCGCCCGACCCAUACAGGUGCUGCUGGUCAAAGACGACCACACCUUCGAGCUGGACGAGGCGGCACUGAGCCGCAUCCUGCUGGCGGAGGAGGUCAGGGACCGAGAGGUGGUGGCCAUCUCUGUGGCGGGAGCUUUCCGCAAGGGCAAGUCCUUCCUCAUGGACUUCAUGCUGCGUUACAUGUACAACCACGCAUCCGAAGGCUGGCUCGGAGAGGCAGAGGAGCCUCUGACCGGCUUCUCCUGGAGGGGGGGCUCAGAGAGGGAGACCACCGGCAUCCAGAUCUGGAGUGAGGUCUUCCUGGUGGACAAGCCCGAUGGAACAAAGGUGGCUGUUUUGUUAAUGGACACACAAGGAACGUUUGACAGCCAGUCGACGCUGAGGGAUUCCGCCACUGUGUUUGCACUCAGCACCAUGAUAAGCUCCAUGCAGGUUUACAACAUCUCCCAGAAUGUACAAGAGGAUGACCUUCAGCACUUGCAGCUUUUCACUGAGUACGGCAGGCUGGCCAUGGAGGAGACGUUCCUCAAACCUUUCCAGUCCAUGAUUUUCCUCGUCCGAGACUGGAGCUUUCCGUACGAGUUCCCCUACGGACAAGAAGGAGGCAUGAAGUUCCUUGAGAAGAGACUCAAGAUCUCAGAGAACCAGCACGAAGAGCUGCAGAACGUGCGUAAACACAUCCACUCCUGCUUCACCAACAUCUCCUGCUUCCUGAUGCCUCACCCCGGCCUCAAAGUGGCCACCAACCCACUCUUUGAUGGAAGGAUUCUAGAGAUUGACGGCGAGUUCAUAAACAACCUGAAGGUUCUGGUCCCGUGGCUCCUCAGUCCUCUUAGCAUCGACGUGAAGGAGAUCAACGGCAGCAAAAUCACCUGCAGAGGCCUGGUGGAGUACUUCAAGGCAUACAUCAAAAUUUACCAAGGUGAGGAGCUUCCACAUCCAAAGUCCAUGCUGCAGGCCACAGCGGAGGCGAAUAAUCUGGCCGCGGUAGCAGCCGCGAAAGAUCUGUACAACAAGAAAAUGGAAGAGGUCUGCGGGGGGGACCGGCCUUUCCUGGCUCCCGGCGAGCUGCAGGCCCGGCACGGCGCCAUCAGAGAGGAGGCCCUGCAGGUGUUUCGCGGCGUGAAGAAGAUGGGGGGCGAGGAGUUCAGCCGCCGCUACCUGCAGCAGCUGGAGGGGGAAGUCGACGAGGUGUUCGUCCAGUACAUCAAGCACAAUGACUCCAAGAACAUUUUCCACGCGGCGCGGACGCCGGCCACCCUGUUCGUGGUCAUCUUCAUCAUGUACGUGGCGGCGGGCAUCACGGGCUUCGUGGGCGUGGACAUCAUCGCCAGCUUGUGCAACAUGAUCCUGGGCCUGGCGCUGAUCACGCUCUGCACCUGGGCCUACAUCCGCUACUCCGGGGAGUACCGAGAACUCGGCGCCGUCAUCGACCAGGUGGCCGGUGCGCUGUGGGACCAGGGAAGCACAAAUGAGGCUCUCUACAAGCUGUACAACGUAGCUGCCAACCACCGGCACCUGUACCACCACGCCUUCCCCGGCGGGCCUCGGCCGGAGGACGUGCCCGAGGAGGAGGACAAGAAGAGAGACUGAUUCGCUGAGACGGAGUACGGCAGGGACUUCCUGGUGAUGGACAGGAGGAGGAGGAGGAGGAGGGACAUCCUCGCCCAUCAAGCACUCUUUCUUUUGGUUGUUGGCUGGUGCGCCCCCCCCCCGACACAUCCACUACCUUUAACUAGGGGGCUGUGCACUUUGCGUAGAGCGUCAGAGCAUCUCCUCAACGGAUGUCUCUCUUCAGGCGACGGAUGACUUUUGGCUUUGUCCCUCACUCAGAUAUCACCUGUACAGUCAUUGCAGGCUCCACAUAUCCAAACUCAUCGGCUGAUCUCAGAAGGGUUUUUUAUUUGUUGUUCAUCAUUGAUUGUUAAAGUACAGCCAGAUCUGUUGAAUCCCCCCCAUUUGUGACGAUUGUUCCGUUCUUUGAAGUUUAGUGCUGUUUAUAAGAAACAAUAUCUAUGAUCUGCAACGUUUGAAAGCCAAAACAUGUACUGUAUGUUAAAUGAUGAAGCGUUACACGCGUCAUCGGCAUGGUAAGUGGUUAAUGUCCGUCAUCUUUAAGCUCCAGAUCAGGUAUGAUUUGUAAAAAAGAAGAAAAAAACUUCCAAUAGUUGUGACCGAGUGGUGUUGUGCCAUAAUAACAUGUACCAAUGGUUUCUCAUCUCCUGCAGCCGGGCUACACGCAGACACGCGGCCGCGCGGUUAUUAGUCGCGUGCUUUUGUUUCGGAGGGAGGAGUUUGUGCCGGUGGAACGGCAAAAGCAGAGGUCUGAAGUUUACACGACACAGCUGACCUUUAUGUCUCACUCUGUAUUCGGCUUGCAGUGUUGUAACCCCGCGCUCGGUCUCUGGAGGUGGAGGCGAAAGCGCCCGUUUGGUUUUCAUUGUGACGUAGAGGUGGCGGGUCAAAAAGCACUGUUGUGUUUCUCACUGAAUGUUGGAGCAAAUCCCAGGAAUGUAAACUGCUCUGUGGCCACUGAGGAAUCAAACAUGUUGUUAUCAGGCGGUGCAACAGGACCGCUCUGGGAAAAAAAAGAAAAAAAGAUUCCUCAUUCCACAUCUUUUCAUCUUCACACUUACGUUGGUCCAUCUGUGGAAGAAGCCCGGCACGGAUCUUUUCCUUUCAGCUUGCAUUAGUAAAACAAAAGGCUUUCAAGGUGACGGUCAGCGUGCAUUUGUAGACCUGCGGGCGUCGUUUGUAGCUCACGGAAUGAGAGUCACAGAGCUCACUGUGAAACAUCUGCUCACAUACAGCUGCACCAUUGAAGGGGCUUUUUAUUUUGUAAUUUCUCUUUAAUCUCUGGUCACAGGAACACGGUCAUGCAUUUAGCAUUUUGUGCUUAGGUUUGACCUCGGGAGCUGGAAAGGUAAAGGCCCUGCAGCAGCAGAGCGGCGUGUGGAGUCUUCCACAUCAUCAUCAGGCCUUCACGCAGAGAGCCAUCCAAGUCCAGUUCAAGACUCCUGAGAUUUAUUCUCCGCUGUCGCCAUUCAGGAAAAGUAGCAUUAUUGUGUUGCGUUAACGCUCUAAACAAUAAAUGGAAAAAGACAAAUGUAUCCCAUUCAUUCCUGAGGACGUCCCCGCGGACAUUAAACCAGCUGUGGACGUCGUGGGAGCCCGAGUGUACUGAAAGAAGUCAACACCGAUAAGAUCCCACGCUCUCAUUGCAAAUUUGCAGUUAAAUAAAAAAUAAAGGUGGACCAAAUUAA